AUGAUGAAUAGUAGUGAUAGCAGCUCAACGACUUUUCAUUCACUUCUAUGGAUUCGAUUUUCAACUUUUAUUUUAAUCGGUACCUUGGUCUUUGUUGGCAAUACUAUCAUCUUGGCAGGUUUACGCCAAUUUCAUCGUACCAUUAAAGUUGAUAUCUUAAUUGCAUCUCUAUCCAUUGCGGAUAUAGUAACUGUCACGUUGCUCUUACCUAUAGCAAUCUACUCUAUGUUAGCAUCUCAAGAUGAUGUCCCCUCAUGGCUAUGCCAAUUUUCCGGCAUUAUCAUGACUACAGUACUCUUAGUAAGUAGUUUUACAAUCACAUUUAUGUCUGUUGAUCGGAUAUUAGCGACUGGCUCACCAUUACGUUAUUUAGUGACACAAUCAUCGCAGCCAUCAUCAUCCAUAAGUCAUCAUAGCCAGCCUGAUUCUGCUUCCAUGACUAGUAAUCAUCAGCCGCCAUUUCAUCGAAAUAGCGUUUGUAUCAGUGAUCGAAGGACAAAUUCACUUUCUAUUGGAUCUACUCUGGAAGGAACCAUUAAUUUAAUGACGAUUGGCACGCGCCGAAGAAUAUUAACAGCUCGAUUAUCUAAAAUGAUUGGUGUUAUAGUCUUGAUUGCUUACAUUAGCUGGAUACCAUUACUGGUUAUUACUAUCCUCGGUCAGUUCAAAAUUAUGAUUAUGCAAUGGCUAAUUGAAGUAUGCUGUGCAAUCACGAUGAUCCAUGCAGUUGUCAAUCCAUUUAUUUACUGCUUUAUGUGCCCACGUUACAAACGGGCGUUUAUUUACGUUAUUAAGAAACUGGCGUCUCAUUUUGGCUAUCCUAAACCGCCAUCUCUCCAUACCCAAGUAAUAUGGCGAUCUCAAAUGAGAGAAGAUUAA